AUGCUGCGCAAAGGAGCUCUUUACAAUGAUAUGCCAAGGUAUGUCUGCUGUGCUGGCAAUCUUCCAAGUAGUGGGAAGUGUGGAGAAAGUCAAUGCCCUGAACUUUGCCUUUGCACUGAGGAAUUAGUGCACUUAUUCCAGCAGUUGAGACUUGAGAGCGAUUACAAUCUUGAACUAAUACUUUUCUGUGGCAGGGUUUGCGCAUGUAUUCAGAGCCAGAGUAAGAUUGAAAUGGACAAGAGAGAUGGUAAGUUUGGGCCACAGCCUGCUGUGGCUGUACCUCCAGUGCGGCAGAUGUCACGUAUUGAUCAGCCAAUUCCUCCACAUGCCGGCUAUGCACCUCAACAAACAUGUGGGCAGCCUUAUGGCUAUCCUCCAGCCCCACAAGCUCAAGGUUACCCUCCUCCUGUUGGAUAUCCCCCUUCUGCCUAUCCACAGCCUCAUGCAUAUCCUCCACCUGGCCAUUCAAGAUGA